AUGUCCCGUCUACCCCUUUUCAAAAUGAUUCAGUACUUAGAAGGCCUCCCUCUCAGGUGUUUUCCUCCAUGUCGUAGUAAUCAAAUGGAGGAAGAAAAUGGGGCCUUACCAGCUAGCCUCACUUUUGUAGCCUUGGCCUGCUAUGUGUGGCCAGUGGAGCUGCAGGAUAAGGGCCAUGGCCCUGCGUUCCUCCUCUACAGAAUUAAAGAAUCUCAUUUUCUUAACUGCGGGCACAAUCUACCAAUACCUUUCUCCUACAUAAGCUCCACAGCAAUGAACGGAAGCUUGACAAGAACUACCUUUGUAAUAUUCCUCCUUUACCUCCGGGGCAUUCCCAGUAGAGAGAGAUCUUUAAUGAUGGACAUUUUUCAUUAUCCGAAGCUCACCCACAAAAGGACUAAUUGA